GCCAUGAAGCUGCUGACCCACAACCUGCUGAGCUCCCACGUGCCGGGGCUGCGGCCCGGGGGCGGUUUCCCGCUGCGCAUCGAGGCCGCCGAGGUUCGGGUCCGCCCGGUGCCGUUCAACGCCGCCUUCGUGUCCCGCCUGGUGCCGCGGCUGCGCUGGGACGCGCUGCGGGAGGCGGCGGAGAGCUUGGGGCGCCCCUCGGAGCUGCCCCCCGAGCCCACCCCCGGCUACGAGGACGACGAGGAAUUCCUGCGUCGCCUCCACCACGUCCUGCUCGAGGUGGAGGUGCUGGAGGGGUCCCUGCAGUGCCCGGACUCGGGGCGGCGCUUCCCCAUCUCCAGGGGGGUCCCAAAUCUGCUCCUGACCGAGGAUGAAGCCUGAGGGGGGCGUUGGGACCCCCAAAUCCGUUUGGGGGGGUCCCCAAAAUGGGGCUGAGCCCCUCGCAUCGAGGCAGGAUCGGCGGGAAAACCCCGAAUUCCCACGGUUGUACCCCAAAAUCGGGGCUGAGAUUUCAGCCAUGUUAAAGCGGUGGUGGGCGUGGUUUGAGCAGCCUCAUUUGCAUAUGGGUGUGGCCACCGCAAUGCCCCUCCCCUAUGCAAAUUGAGAAUGUGCUUAUUUGCAUUUUGAGCGGGAAUUGUUUUGUUUGCAUAACGGGAGAGGAAUUUUCCCUUUUUUCCUCCCAAAUUCUCUUUUCUUCUCUCUAAACUUCUUCCUUCCCAAACUUCCCAGUUUUGCCAUAAAUCCUUUUAUUUCCUUGGAAUGUCAGCGUUAUUUUUUCCCCAAACCUUCUUUUUAUCUCAAAAUCCUCCAAUUUUGCCCUCCUUUGUCCCGCUUCCCUCCCUUGUUCCCCAAAAUCCGGAUUUUACCCCAAAACCUCAACUUUUUGCCUUCAGUUUUUUAUAUUUUUCCAUCAAAUCCGUUUUUGUGCCCUAAGCCCCUCCUUUUCCCCCCAAUCUUUCUAUUCCAAAACUCUUGUUUUCCUCAUGUUCUGGCUUGUUGUAUUUGUAAUUUUCCCCAUCAAUUUAAUAAAAACUUCUCUUUUUUUGCCCGAUAUUGGGCCAAAA